CGAGUUUGGCCAGACACAUUCUUGAAGUUCACGUGUGAGGAUAUACCUCUUUGGCUCCUGCUGAAUACGAGUUAGAACCAAAUGUUUAUUGCUAGCAUCUUGUCUGCCAACAGAUGAAAAUACAGUGAAGCAUGUGUCGUUAGUGAGUGUAUAGCUUGGGUGUGGUGCGAUCUUUAUUUUUCACUGUACACGUGUCGUUUACAUAAACAUGAUUCCCAUCUGGGAUAGUCAUUUUUAAACCGACGACAACCCUUUCCAUUUUGUUCGACCGUGUGUCAAACACGAAAAAGAAGUUUAUUAGCCUCAUCAUGUCUCGAUUGGAGUGCAUCGCAGUGGAAGCUGACGGAGGCGGCGAGGGACAAGAAGUCGAGGUUGUUCUGAUGGAGCCGCGCCCCUUUAGACCUUUCAAAUCGAGUGAGGAGUAUCUCGUGGCCAUGAAAGAAGAUUUAGCCGAAUGGCUUCAUCGUCUCUACUACCCACAACUUAACAUUGACUUUGACAACUUUAUGGACGUCUUGGAAGAUGGUGUCGCUCUCUGCAAGCAUGCUAACAAUGUCAGACGGACAGCGAUGGCCUACAAGGAGAAACUGGAGCAGCAAGGCAGCGUCCAUCGCCGCCGCAAGUUCAGCACUCACUUGGACAUACCCGAUCGCGAUGUCCUCUUCCGGUCUGAGGUGAAACCCAAGAGUUUCUUCGCCCGGGACAACGUGCACAACUUUAUUCAGUGGUGUCGACUGCUGGGCAUUUACGAAUGCCUCUUAUUCGAAACGGACGAUUUGGUGCUACGUAAAAAUGAAAAAAGCUUUAUCCUUUGCUUACUAGAGGUCGCUCGACGUGGUGCCAAUUUCGGUAUGCCUGCUCCAGUUUUGGUCCAAUUCGAAAAAGAGAUCGAUCGCGAGAUAGCCAAAGAAGGGAACUUGGAAAAUGGUAACGAGUACGACGAAGAGGACAUGGAGUUAAUUGAAUAUGGACCUCAGGCACAAAUAGUUACCAACGAUCUACGGAGCCUCGAUGAAAUGGUACGAGAUCUCGUGGAAAACUGUUCGUGCCCGACGCAGUUUCCCAUGAUUCGUGUCUCAGAGGGCAAGUACCGGAUCGGUGACACGAAAAUGCUCAUUUUUGUCAGAGUUCUACGCAAUCACGUCAUGGUCCGUGUCGGAGGGGGCUGGGACACACUAUCGCACUAUUUAGAAAAGCACGAUCCAUGCCGCUGCCGAGCAGGUCAUCGAACACCGAUCACGUCCAAGUUAAGCGUCAGUCAAAAUUCCCGCGGUAAUACGCAAAUGGAAGUCAGCUACGAACGGGGAACAUCACCACCCAAUUCCCGUCGGUCUUCUGGGGCGUCCGUUACUGGCACAACUCUGUCACGCAAAAAUUCCAUGACCGGAACGUCGAUUUUGCCAUACUCGUCAUGCGAUUCUUCAGCUGAAGUUUCCCCGAAUCGGUUCCAUGCUCGCCACAGAAGUCCGUCUCCCUCAAUCAGGCAUUACUCUUCUGGAACUUUGGGAAGUAGUCCAAUUUUCCAGAGGUCGGGGUCUGCUCGCUACAGUGUCAAUAAUUCAUGCAAUUACGGUCAGCUGGCUUAUCAGCAGGAGAAUAAUAAAGUUAUACCGACUUCGCAAGGGAAUGCAGACUCUGUCGAGUCUGACGAAUGUUUGCCCAGUAAAAGAAUUUGGAGCCCUGGUUACCGACGAUCGCCUAGUGUGGGCAAUACUCAACAACCAAAGCUAUCUCGUCAACAGGAUGAUCAUUUCGGGAGUAAAAGUAACCGAACGAAAACCAGCUCGAUCAAUAAUACUGAUAGUAGCUCAGAAAUAUCCGAUGAAGGCUAUAGAACUGGAAUUGGUGCGGGUGAUGUCAAAAGCGAAGAAUUGGAUGAACGACCAGAUUCAAGUUGCACUCAAGUGUCGCAGUCCAGCUCCUUGGAAUCGGGCGUGUCCUCUGCUGGACCCUUGGAUGAUACCGAUCCAGUCGGUAAUAACUAUAAACAGGAAAAACUGGAAAACAAGUACAAUUAUAGCAAGAUCCCCCUUUUGGGAAGUCUACGCAAUAUGGGCAAAAGAGCCAAUUCCCAGUAUUCGACAGAUUCGGUCAGCUCGUCAAGAAAAUCCUCGCUCGAUUCAGAAUAUCGUUUGCCACUUCAGAGCAAUAGUACCAGCACAUCGCCUACUUUAACAAAUUUGGGCUUCCGGCGUGAAGCAUUUGGUAGACAUUCUCUACGCACACGAUCAGCCACCAACGAUGGUGACAAGUUAACUGUCAGAAACAAUAUCAGCAUUGGAGAUCCUGUACCGAAAAAUACAUUCACAUGGAGCGGAAGGAACAGACGACAGCGUCCAAGCAUACAAACGGAAGCAACAUUUAUUGGGAAUAGGAAUCCGGUUCCUGGAUCGAGCUAUCGAUCUCGGUCGGUCAACAGUGCGGCGUCGCGUGAACAUUCUCGAGCUUCUUCCACAUCACCGAGUAGCCGAAGACGAAACAUCUUUGUCGCUUCAUCGGGAUAUGGAGCUCCUACCUCACCAGAAAUAAAACCAAUUCCAAAUUUGAAACCACAGAAAGCGAGUCAAUCAAAACAGCAACCCAAUUUGCCACUGCAAUCGGAUCCAUCUAAAAUAUCGCCUCUUUUACGCAACAUGCUAAAAGAUGUCGAACUCGACAAUGACGCAUCGAUAUUAAAGAAAAUGGAGGAAAUUGUCAACCAGUACAAAGCACGAGUUGAAAGUAUUCUUGCUGCGGAAGGCAAGACGUUGAAUGAAGAUUACACGGCCAAUGUCACUCCGCCGGCUUCCAACAAGAUCAAUGAACAUCAACAAGAAGACACAACACAAAGGCAAGUGAAGAAUGGGACUUCAAAGUUAACCAGACGUAAUUCGCUAGAUUCGAGCCUGUCACAUUUACCAGCCCGCAUGUUCGUUUCUCCAAGAAAAGAUGUAGUAUCGCAAUCUCCUUCAAAAAUCCCUAUGCCGAGAUUUUAUCGUCCGAAAGAAGACAUGAGGAAUCCUUGUUUGGUAUAGUUAUUUCUUAUAUUUUAAACUGAUUUAUUUUACUAAUUGUGGGUUAUGAAUAAGAACCUUAAUCUCUUUCAUUAAUUUAAUUGGUAAUUAUUAAUCUAGAAUGGUAAGUAACGUUUUAUUGUGGCAAGGAAACCCUUUCACUUUAGGAAAAUCUUUUGAGCUACGUCACAUUAUCAAGCAAGAAUUGUGGGCUGGGAUACAUGACCGAACAUGAUUUUAAACGGAACCUUAU